UCAUGUACACACCUACUUAUCUAAGUACGCCCAAAAAACAACCAUGCAAUCACUCAAGCCGGUUAUUCUUCUUGCAUUUCGCACGCUAUCCAGACACCCUUCAUCCCCAUCAACGGCCCGGUAAACAAACAGUCCUCAAACUCCUCAUCUCCGCCAAUUCUGGCCUGCAAGAUAUUCCGUGGCUGAUUGAUUGAGUUUUGGAUAGAACGCCUGGACUUAGUGGCAAGCAGCCAAGCCUUGCUGAGGAUGUUAGUGGUGUAAUCUUUGAAAUGCUUCACUGUCUUGCUGUUCUGUCUUCUCCCAACACACUCUCCUGCCCUAAACUGCAUGAAACCAGCAAUGGAACCACAGUAUGGACGUCCUAUGACAAAAGCAGUCUUCUUUACAACUUCAACUCUCCAUCCGAGUUAAAACAAGUCCAAGCCCUUCUCAUCAAGACUAGUACUCCUCUUUCAGUUCUUCCACUUUCCCGAGUUGCUUCAGUGUGUGCUUUCAGUUCUAGCUUUCCUCAUGCUCAAAAAAUUUUCCACUGUGUUAAUAAACCUGAAGUUACCGUAUGGAAUGGCUGCUUAAGGAGUUUCGCUGAGAGUAGCUCUCCAUUUGAUGCAAUUUUGUUGUUUUGUCAACUUCGGAAGUAUGAUGUGCUUCCAGAUAGUUUUACUUGUUCUUAUGUUCUCAAGGCCUGUGUCCAAUUGUUGGAUCUUUUACACGGGAGAAAUGUUCAUGACUACAUGGAGAAGCUUGGAUUUCAAUCAAAUUUGUUUUUGCAAAAUAUGAUUGUUCACCUAUAUGCAUCUUGUGGGAAAAUAGGUGAUGCUAAGUUGUUGUUCGAUAAAAUGCAUCAGCGAGAUGUCGUGACUUGGAAUAUAAUGAUCACACAAUUUGCAAAGAGGGGUGAUAUUAAUGCAGCAUCUCAGUUGUUCAAGCAAAUGCCUGAGAGGAGUGUUAGGUCAUGGACUGCUAUGGCUGCAGGAUUUGUUCAGUGUGGGAAGCCCAAAGAGGCUAUUGAACUUUUCAUGGAGAUGGAAGGGGCAGGAUUGCGAGCUAAUCAGGUAACUGUGGUGGCUGUUCUUGCAGCUUGUGCUGAUAUAGGUGCACUUGAUCUUGGGAGGAGGAUCCAUGAAUACUCUAAUAGAAGUGGUUACCAAAGAAAUGUUCGUAUUUGUAAUACCCUGAUUGAUAUGUAUAUCAAGUGUGGUUGUCUAGAGGCUGCUCGAGUUGUUUUUGAGAAUAUGGAUGAACGAACUAUUGUUUCAUGGUCUGCCAUGAUUCAAGGGCUAGCAAUGCAUGGGCAGGCUAUGGAAGCUUUGGAACUAUUCUCCAAGAUGGUUCAGACGGGAACAAAGCCCAAUGGGGUCACUUUUAUUGGGCUCCUGCAUGCGUGUAGUCAUAUGGGGUUAGUAGAGAAGGGGAGGGAAUUUUUUGUGAGCAUGAGCAGGGAUUAUGGAAUUGCUCCGCGCAUUGAACAUUAUGGUUGUAUGAUUGAUCUAUUAAGCCGUGCCGGUCUUCUUGAAGAGGCACGUCAGUUCAUCAAGAACAUGCCUCUCAAGCCAAAUGCGGUUGUUUGGGGUGCUCUUCUCGGUGGAUGUAGGGUCCACAAUAACAUUGAACUGGCUGAAGAAGCUAUAGUUCACCUCAAUGAGUUAGACCCACAUAAUGAUGGCUAUUAUGUGGUUUUGUCAAACAUUUAUGCAAAUGCAAAGAAAUGGGAGAAUGCUGCAAAAGUUAGGAAGUUGAUGAGAGAUCAAGGGGUGAAGAAGACACCUGGUCAGAGUUCAAUCACUGUGGCAGGAUUGGUCCAUGAGUUUGUGGCUUGUGAUGAAAGUCAUCCUCAAGUGAAGGAAAUAUAUGCAAGUUGGGAAAAUUUGCUUCAGCAACUAAGGCUGAAAGGUUAUGUACCAAACACUUCGGUAGUUCUAUUGGAUAUAGAAGAGGCAGAAAAAGAGAAGAUUCUGUACCACCAUAGUGAAAAGUUAGCAUUAGUUUUUGGAAUAAUAAACACACCACCUGGAGAAACUAUUAGGAUAAUGAAGAAUCUUCGUGUAUGUGAAGACUGUCAUGCUGCUUUUAAACUGAUAUCUGAUGUUGUUAACCGAGAGAUUGUUGUGCGUGACAGGAACAGGUUCCAUUGUUUUAAGAAUGGUACUUGUUCAUGCAAAGACUAUUGGUAGAUGAUUUGAGUGCUUGAGAUGAAGACGCAAAGUAUGCAAACAGUAGAAAUCUAAUUUCUCUGUGGCCAUACCAUUUUGCUUGUUCUAAAGCUUCAACAUGAAGUUGCUUCUUUAUGGUGUUUUCACUGCUUUGAAUGGAUAUGGCUGCCAAAGGUUAUACCUACUGUAGGCUUUUUGCAAGUUUGUUAACUCAUCACAUGUUUAAUAGUUAGCCAAAAGUUGACAGGAGAGUUCUGAUCACUUGAGUGUCUUAAGCAUUAGGGAGUUUAUGAUGACUUAGGGUACUCUAUAUUUCAUUAAUGUUAAAUAGCUCUCUACCUGAAUUUUAGGUAUUUGUCGAUUUUUUGGUCAUGUAUAAAUGCUUAAUUUACUAAAAUUUCAUAUCAGGCAAAUAUACUGAAUGAUGUAGUAGUGAGACAAUGAGUAGAGAUCUGUAAAUGCAAUGGAGUGAUAAAUUUGGCACUAUUUAAACUUUUGUGUGUAACAAAUCUUGAUAGCUCCAUGGUAUUUGUAUGUCUAGGUUUGCUCUUGACUUCGCAUUCGUGUCCAGACAACUUGUUUUAGACAUAAUUUGUAUUUACUUUUAAUAUCGUCGAUUGUAAUUGUGUGUUUAAUGUAUUUGAUGAAGCACCUGCUUAUAUGUGAACUUGGAGACACUCUUAGUCAUUGCAAAGAAAAGGCAACACCUCCAAGAAUCUGCUGAAAGGAACCAACCACUCGGCUCUCCGGAUUUUUUCUAGUUCAAGAAGAUCUCUCCAACUUCUAAGACUGCAAGAAAUUGACUAGACUGCGACAAAAAUUUUUUCAGAUAUAAAUGGAGACUUGAUGAAUAAAUGUCCCAAUACAGGCCAACCAACAUGCCCUUCUUUAGAUUCCGUCGUUCCACAAAUUCCUUGUUCCAGUUUCCUUGGAUAGUGAAUCUCCCAGAUUCUUCACAUGUCAAACUAAGGCGGUGUUCGGUGUUUGUGUCCAUAUCACGUAUUAAGAGUCGCUUUUCCUCUCUAUCAUUCACCAACCUUGAUAUAUCAGAUUCGGCCCAGUAUUUGAGGAUGUGCUGCUGAACGUGCUUCGGACUCAAUUCAAAAGAAAACCCCAGGUCUUUCGUUGUGAUGACGUACUUCAUCUCCCACGGGAAUAGGAAAUUUUCUAUGGUGUUAGGAGUGCCAGCUCUUUUCUCCACCAUUUGCCAUUCAGGGACAUGAGGGUUCUGACCCUUUCUGAUGCAUUCUUCCUCUUUUGCCUUUGUUUUGAGAAAAUGGUAAAACACGGCUCUUUUCAUGUUAGACAAGAUAAGUGAAAAUAUGCAGGAAGCUAUAUGUGUGUGUAUAGCAAAUGUACUUUGGGAUUAAUUUUCUUGUACCAAGGAAGAAGCAUAGCCUGCUCUUUUUAUACUACACCGGAUCUAAAGAGUGUAAAAAUUUGAGAGGAGGAAAACUUUUGAAAUCCGAGAAACGGUUAUACAUUUAAUAGUCUAUAAAUGUACUUCCUUUUCUGUAUUUCAAUAAUUGAAUGUUUUUGACAAC